UGAUCAGAAAGCAUCGUCGCUGUAGCUGCUGCAUGUAAAUCAUAGGUAUAAACAUGGCGGAUUUGGUCUGUAUGUGAUGUGAAGACGUAAUCAGCUUCUAUCAGGUGCUGCGCAUUCACCGGAUCUGAAUCAUGUCAAGCGGUCAGGACGAGAGCACAGUCCGUGUGGCGCUCAGGAUUCGUCCUCAGCUGGCAAAGGAGAAGAUUGAAGGAUGUCACAUCUGUACGUUUGUGAUGCCAGGCGAGCCGCAAGUGGUUUUGGGAAAGGAUAAAGCCUUCACGUACGAUUAUGUGUUUGACAUGGACUCAACGCAGGACAGCAUCUAUGCCAACUGCACUGAGAAACUCAUCGAAGGGUGUUUUGAGGGUUACAAUGCCACAAUCUUCGCAUACGGACAGACAGGGUCAGGGAAGACAUAUACGAUGGGCACAGGGUUUGACAUGACUAUAUCAGAUGAAGAGCUGGGCAUCAUCCCGCGAGCAGUCAGUCAUCUGUUUAAAGGCAUCGAACAGAGACAACAGACAGCAGCAGAUCAGGGCCGACCCGCCCCAGAGUUCAAGAUCAGUGCACAGUUCCUGGAGUUGUAUAAUGAAGAGGUGUUGGAUCUCUUUGACACCACUCGUGAUAUGGAGAUGAGGAAACAGAAAUCUCACAUUAAAAUCCAUGAGGACGCUAACGGCAGCAUCUACACUGUCGGGGUGACCACACGCACAGUCUGCUCAGAGACAGAAAUGAUGCAGUGUCUGAAGCUUGGCGCUCUCUCUCGCACCACCGCCAGCACACAAAUGAACGUACAGAGUUCACGCUCACACGCCAUCUUCACCAUACACAUCUGCCAAGUGCGAGUUUGUGCACCUGGAGAAAACGACAGUGAGACAGACAAUCGACUGGCCAACAACUCAUCUGAGAUGGAGGAGUUUGAGACACUCACAGCCAAGUUUCACUUUGUGGAUCUGGCCGGAUCAGAGCGACUCAAGAGGACUGGAGCUACAGGAGACCGGGCCAAGGAGGGCAUAUCCAUUAACUGUGGACUGCUGGCAUUGGGAAAUGUUAUCAGUGCUUUAGGAGACAGAAGCAAACGAUCGACGCACGUGCCUUACCGAGACUCCAAACUCACUCGCCUUCUGCAGGAUUCACUGGGAGGAAACAGCCGAACAGUGAUGAUUGCCUGCAUCAGCCCGUCAGAUCAGGACUUCAUGGAGACCCUCAACACACUGAAGUACGCCAACAGAGCUCGCAACAUCAAGAACAAGGUGAUGGUGAAUCAGGACAAGGCCAGUCAGCAGAUCAGUGCGCUCAGAACGGAGAUUGCCAGACUACAGAUGGAGCUCAUGGAGUACAGAACGGGGAAGCGCAUGGUUGGAGAAGAUGGGCUCGAAAGCAUCAACGACAUGUUUCAUGAGAACUCAAUGCUGCAGAUAGAGAAUAAUAAUCUGCGCAUGCGUGUGAAGGCUAUGCAGGAAACUAUAGACGCUCAGGGUGCCCGACUCACACAGCUUCUCAGCGAACAGGCCAAUCAGGUGCUCGCCAGAGCAGGUGAAGGCAGUGAGGAGAUUGGAAAUAUGAUUCAGAAUUACAUUAAGGAAAUUGAAGAUCUGAGAGCUAAACUUCUGGAGAGUGAAGCAGUGAAUGAAAACUUGAGGAGGAACCUCACACGAGCAUCUAGUCGCCCCCCAUUCUACGGAAACUCUGGAACGUUCUCUCCCGCUCUGCUGGGGGCCGACCCGAGUCAGGAGACUAGCGACAUCAUCGAGAUUGCCAAGAAAGACCUGGAGAAACUGAGAAGGAAGGAAAAGAAGAAGAAGAAGAGACUCCAGCAGUUGCUGGGCGACAGGAGAGAGGAGGAGAAUGAGGAGAUGGAGGAAGACAGUACCAACAAAAAUGAAUCAUUUGACAGUGAACAGAAGAUCAAUGAGAAAGAGAUGUCAGAACCAGCCAGUCAAGAGCCAGAAAUGUACAGCAGUGACCGUGAAGAGGGAGAUGGAGAAGAGGAGGAGGAGGUGGAUGAAGAAGAGCUGGAUGCAGAGGAGAGCUCUGAGGAGUCUGAUUCUGAGCUGGAUGAGAAAGAGGACUUCCAGGCAGAUCUGGCCAACAUCACGUGUGAGAUCGCCAUUAAACAGAAGUUAAUCGAUGAACUGGAGAACAGUCAGAGACGCCUGCACACUCUCAAACAGCAGUAUGAACAGAAACUCAUGAUGCUGCAGUGUAAGAUCAGAGACACACAGCUGGAGAGAGACCAAGUGCUGCAGAAUAUGGGCUCCGUGGAGUCGUGCUCGGAGGAUAAAGCCAAGCGCAUAAAGGCUGAAUAUGAGAAGAAACUGAGUGUGAUGAAUAAAGAGCUGCAGAAGCUGCAGGCAGCACAGAAGGAGCACGCUCGCUUACUGAAGAACCAAUCACAGUAUGAGAAGCAACUGAAGAAACUCCAGCAGGACAUGACUGAAAUGAAGAAAACCAAAGUGCGUCUGAUGAAGCAGAUGAAGGAGCAGCAGGAGAAGAGCAGGAUGGCAGAAUCCCGUAGAAACCGCGAGAUCGCCACACUCAAGAAAGACCAGCGCAAACAAGAGCAUCAGCUGAAACUUCUAGAAGCUCAGAAGAGACAACAGGAACUCAUUCUGCGCAGAAAAACUGAGGAGGUGAGUGCUCUGAGAAGGCAGGUGCGACCCAUAUCAGGAAAGGUCACACGAAAGGUCAGUCUGCUAGAUUCAAGUCAGGAUGUCUCUCACAGACCAUCCGCAGGUCGAACAUACUCGAGUUCAGGAACACCUAAUGGAACCAGAUUAUACCACCGCAGGCCGGUUGGCGUUUACUCCUCCCGUGUGGCUCGUGGCAAAUGGCAGAGCCUUGAACGGCGUAUAUCUGAUAUUAUAAUGCAGCGCAUGACCAUUUCAAACAUGGAGACAGACAUGAAUCGCCUUCUAAAGCAACGUGAAGAGUUGACACGGAGACGGGACAAGAUCAUCAGAAAGAGAGAGAGACUGCUAGUGGACGAGCCAGAGGACGAGAAAGCCAUUCAGACACUGAAUGAAGAGCUGGAGUCACUGCUGGCAAACAUUGACUACAUCAAUGACAGCAUCACUGACUGCCAGGCCAACAUCAUGCAGAUGGAGGAAGCGAAGGAGGAAGGUGAUGCUGUCGAUGUCUCAGCUGUAAUUGGCUCCUGCACUCUGGCUGAAGCUCGAUUCCUUCUCGAUCAUUUCAUGUCCAUGGCCAUCAACAAGGGUCUUCAGGCAGCGCAGAAGGAAUCUCAGAUAAAGGUGAUGGAGGGCCGUCUCAAGCAAACUGAAAUCAACAGUGCGACUCAAAACCAGCUGCUCUUCCACAUGCUCAAGGAGAAGGCCGAGUUUAACCCAGAGCUGGACGCUUUGCUGGGGAACGCUCUGCAAGAACUAGGUAACAUGCCCUUGGAAAAUGGUGAUGACAGUAGUAGCGAUGAGUCGACCCAGAGUCCUGCAGUGGAGGGACACAUUCUGGCGUCAGACCUCAUGAAGCUAUGUGGAGAGACUAAAUCUAGGACUAAGGCCCGGAGAAGGACCACCACACAGAUGGAGUUACUCUAUCUGAACAAUUGUGACUCUGGUCCGGAUACACCCACAAAAGAUUUCUCCAUCCCUCUACACACAAUGGCUGAGACAUCUGAGGGAGUUAUAGACAUGGAGUCUGCUGGAAAUACAGUUAGAGACCGGGAAUACAUGCUCCCUCCUGUUGGCUUGUCCUCUAGAAUGGGCAGCAUUAGCAGUUCUGGCAACAGACUUCCAACAGUCAGGCAAAAGAGAGUGCCGGAACCAUCCCCUCUGUCCCGCAGGAAGACUUAUGACAAGGGACAAGCCCUGGCUGACAAGGCCAAAGCCAAAGAGAUCACACAAGGUGUGAUCAACCCUGUUCCAGCUUGGAAGAGCAGUCGUGGAAGCUCUCUGCAGUGUGUUCAUAUAGCAGAGGGUCACAGUAAAGCUGUGCUUUGUGUCGACUCCACCGAUGACCUCCUCUUCACCGGAUCUAAAGACCGGACGUGUAAGGUGUGGAAUCUGGUGACAGGACAGGAGAUUAUGUCUCUAGGUGGACACCCCAACAAUGUGGUGUCAGUGAGGUACAGCUCCAGUGUGGUGUUCACCGUCUCCACCUCCUAUAUCAAAGUCUGGGACAUCCGUGACUCGGCCAAAUGCCUCCGCACACUCGCUUCGUCAGGUUUGGUAAACACUGGUGACACGUGUGCAGCCAGUACAAACCGCACCGUGACCAUACCAGCUGGAGAGAACCAAAUUAACCAGAUCUAUCUGAACCCGACCGGAACCGUUCUGUACGCUGCUGCAGGAAAUUCUGUGCGCAUGUGGGACCUCAGACGGUUUGUGUCUACGGGUAAGUUAAUGGGUCAUCUGGGUCCAGUCAUGUGUUUGACUGUUGAUCAGACUGGUAAUGGGCAGGACCUGGUGAUCACAGGCUCAAAGGAUCACUACAUCAAGAUGUUUGAUGUCUCAGAAGCUGCCAUGGGGAGCAUCAGCCCCUCUCAUAACUUCGAGCCGCCUCACUAUGAUGGCAUCGAGUCGCUGGUAGUUCAAGGAGACUGUCUGUUCAGUGGCUCCAGAGACAAUGGUAUCAAGAAAUGGGACCUGAGCCGCAAAGACCUGCUGCAGCAGGUACCGAACGCUCAUCGUGACUGGGUCUGUGCUCUUGGUGUUGUUCCUGGUUCUCCCACCCUGUUGAGUGGCUGUAGAGGAGGAGUGCUCAAACUGUGGCACAUGGACACAUUGAGUCCGCUCGGGGAGCUCAGAGGCCACGAGAGUCCCAUUAACAGUAUAUCUACUAACAACACUCAUCUGUUCACUGCAUCAGAUGACCGCACGGUGAAGAUCUGGCGUGCGAGGGGAGGUGUGGAUGGCACUGCAGAUGUGACUGAGACUGCUGAUGAGACUGUCAGUAACUGAUUGUUCCUUUAAUUACAAACUACUGCAGCGUUACUACAGUAACGUAGCUGCCAAAGACAUUUGCACUUUGACCCUACCAAUAAAACCUGGAUAUGGACUGUUUGACCUGCACCACAAACUCUCCAACAGAAUCUCCUCAUGUCAGAAUCUGCUCACAAUGGAUCUUUUGGACAUAUCCCAGAGUUCAAUUCACUAACCGUGUGGCAUUGCUGAAGACGUAAAGUCUACGUCACAUGCUAAAUAAAGCUCUUUGUUCUUAAAAUAGCCAUGCCAGCUCAGUUAAUUCUAACAAUCAUGGAGACGGCACUGGAAACAGACACACUGAUGUAGAGUUCUGUCAGAGCCGGAUCUUCUUUAGCUGGACUCAGUAUUCUGGUUCUUGGAAAUGUUGUGGAGUGGAAGAGAUGUCUGUAGACUAACUGGGUGAAUCUCAUAAAACUUAGCAAAAACAUGUGUUGGUCACAUUUCACCCCAAAAUCAAAAGAAGAAAUUUCAGUUGUGCUCAAAAGUUUGCAUACCCUUGGAGAAUUGGUAAUAUAUGUACCAUUUUUAAAGAAAACAUGAGUGAACAGGCAAAACACAUUUCUUUUAUUUUUUAUGGGAUUCAUAUUCAACUGUAGGUUAUAAAACAAAACAUGGCAACAAAGAAAAAAAUGAAAUGACCCCUGUUCAAAAGUUUGCAUACCCUUAGUUCUUAAUUCUGUGUAUUGCCCCCUUUAGCAUCAAUGACAGCGUGCAAUCUUUUGUAAUAGUUGUCUAUGAGGCCCCAAAUUCUUGCAGGUGGUAUAGCUGCCCAUUCGUCUUGGCAAAAUGCCUCCAGGUCAUGCAAAGUCUUUGGUCGUCUUGCAUGAACUGCACAUUUGAGAUCUCCCCAGAGUGGCUUGAUGAUAUUAAGGUCAGGAGACUGUGAUGGCCACUCCAGAACCUUCACCUUUUUCUGCUGUAACCACUGGAGGGUCAACUUGGCCUUGUGCUUAGGAUCAUUGUCAUGCUGGAAAGUCCAAGAGCGUUCCAUGCGCAGCUUUCGUGCAGAAGAAUGCAAAUUGUCUGCCAGUAUUUUCUGAUAACAUGCUGGCAUUCAUCUUGCCAUCAAUUUUCACAAGAUUCCCCAUGCCUUUAGAGCUCACACACCCCCAAAACAUCAGUUAGCCACCACCAUGCUUCACAGUGGGGAUGGUAUUCUUUUCACUAUAGGCCUUGUUGACCCCUCUCCAAACAUAGUGCUUAUGGUUGUGACCAUAAAGCUCUAUUUUGGUCUCAUCACUCCAAAUUACAGUGUGCCAGAAGCUGUGAGGCGUGUCAAGGUGUUGUCAGGCAUAUUGUAACUGGGCUUUUUUGUGGCAUUGGCACAGUAAAGGCUUCUUUCUGGUGACUCGAUCAUGCAGCUAAUUUUUGUUCAAGUGUCAUCGUAUUGUACUCCUUGAAACAACCACACUGUCUUUUUCCAGAGCAGCCUGUAUUUCUCCUGAGGUUACCUGUGGGUUUUUCUUUGUAUCCUGAACAAUCCUUCUGGCAGUUGUGGCUGAAAUCUUUCUUGGUCUACCUUACCUUGACUUGGUAUCAAGAGAUCCCCGAAUUUUCCACUUCUUAAUAAGUGAUUGAACAGUACUGACUGGCAUUUUCAAGGCUUUGGAUAUCUUUUUAUAUCCUUUUCCAUCUUUAUAAAGUUCCAUUACCUUGUUACGCAGGUCUUUUGACAGUUCUUUUCUGCUCCCCAUGGCUCAGUAUCUAGACUGCUCAGUGCAUUCACGUGAGAGCUAACAAACUCAUUGACUAUUUAUACACACACUAAUUGCAAUUCUAAUUCUAAUUUUAAUUUAAAUUAAACUUUAAUUGCCAUUUAAACCUGUGUGUGUCACCUUGUGUGUCUGUAACAAGGCCAAACAUUCAAGGGUAUGUAAACUUUUGAUCAGGGCCAUUUGGGUGAUUUCUGUUAUCAUUAUGAUUUAAAAAGAAGCCAAUCAACUAUGUGAUAAUAAAUGGCUUCAUAUGAUCACUAUCCUUAAAUAAAAGACAUUUGCAUUUUCAGUCAUAUUUUCAAAAUCAAUGCCAAAAUUUCACAAUUUCUGCCAGGGUAUGCAAACUUUUGAGCACAGCUGUAUCUAUUACUAGAGAACACAAAACUAUUGCAAGGAAAUGCUAAAUUUAUUGUGAGGGAACGCAAAGCUUUUUAUGAUAAAAUGCAAACUAUUGCAAGGGUACCCAAAACUAUUGUGAGGGAAUGCAAAACUUUAUGCAAGGGAAUGCAAACUAUUGCAACGGAAUGCUAAAUUUAUUAUGAGGGAAUGCCAAAAAUAUUGCCAGGGAACACAAAACUUUUUACGUAAGAAUGCAAACUAUUGCGAAGGAACCCAAAAGUAUUGCAAGGGAAUACAAAACUAUUGCAAGGGAACGCAAAACUAAUUGCGAGAGAACGCAAAACUUAUUACGUAGGAAUGCAAAACUUUUUGCCACAGAAUGCAAACUAUUGCGAGGAAUCCCAAAACUAUUGUGAGGGAAUGCAAAACUUUAUGCAAGGGAAUGCAAACUAUUGUGUGGGAACGAAAAAUCUUCUUGCAAAGGAACGCUGAACUUAUUGCGAUAAUUGUGAGGGAAUGCAAAUCUUUUUGCAAGGGAACACAAGAUUUAUUGCAAGGAAACCCAAAACUAUUACAUGAGAAUGCAAAACUUAUUGCAAUGGAAUGCUACACUUUUUGUGAGGGAAUGCAAACGAGGGAAUGCAAAACAUAUUGCGAGCGAAUUCAAAGCUGUUUCAGAAAAUAAAUUCUUUCCCUUUCCUCUAAGGGGCUCCAUAGUAGGAUAAUCAAUGGCUAGGUGUUUUUAAAACAUUUAAUGCACGACGUGGAGACGAAGAACCACCCGGGGCGAAGAGCAUUAAAAUCGUUUAACGCACACUUAGCCGUGGAUUAUAGUGCUUAUACCACGGUCACUUGCCAGCAUUGAUUAGUUAAAGCUGUCAUUGAUUUGUGCAGUGCAACAUCCGACUGGGAAGUUAAAAAUAACAGCGAACUUUAUCUACGGGUCAUUAGAUCUAGAGUUCUGCCAGUUCUAAAUCGGAAACAGAGAUAAAGUAUUGCGAUAAUAUGGCAUUUAUUUGAAUGAAUUAAAGAAAUGAAACCGCACACUCUGUAAUAACUCUGUGAAUUUAAAUGCACAAUCCAGAAAUAAUAAUAGCCACAUAAUGUAGAAGAGUUUGCACUCCUGAGAACGUUUAUAAUCAGAAUCAGUUAAAUUAAACAAUAUUUAAUUUCUAUUCUUUGUCAUUUUCACAUUAAUAAGGAAAAACCAGCAUUGUGGACAUGACGUCUCUCUGUUACAGACGUGACAGUAGUAAAAGUGGCACUUAAAGUACGUGAUAAGGGUUAACCAUCCAAAAUGCUUUAAAACCUCCAGACUUUGACCUCUGAGACAUCGGUAUGGUAUCCAUUAAGGCUGCACGAUUGAUUGAAUUUAGAAAGAAAUUGCGAUUUGGCCUUGCACGAUUACUAAACCGCAAAAGUCUGCAAUCAGUGCUUUAGUCAGCGAUGCACUUCACAGAAGAUUUAAAGAUGGCAUUGCAUGACUUGAUGCUGGGUUUUGUGAUGUUAUGGUUAAUCUUGUAACGCUAUAUCCACAUCUGGUGGUAGUGUGAACAGAUUCAUAAAACUCUUGCAGAGUAGACACUAGGCGCAUUAAUAUAGAAUGAUGGUUAAACAUUAAGCAGUUUUAACUCACGCAUUUCAGAAUCGAGUAUUCGAAGAGACCAUUGUAUAAAGAAUAAUAACAUUAUUAUAAUUAUGUAUUUACACUUCAUGAAUGUCAUACUACCUUUAAUCAAUGCAUAUUUUCAGAAAUAUUUCACUUUAAUAUGAAAAUCCUGUCAUUAUUAACCUCAUGUCAUUUCAAAUCCAAAGUGCUACAUUACAGUAAAAAAGAAAUCUUAAUGGUUCUUAAAAUAGGUUUCAAUUUCUUUAUACAAUUUUUUUUUCUUUUGAUUUUGUGGUGAAAUUUGACACACAUAGAUGAGUUUUCGAAAGAUUCACCCAACUAAAAUCACCAUGACCUUAAAUGAACUAUAAUGUGUUUGGCUUUAGUGUGGCACCUGCUAAUUUGGUGACCAAAGUAUAAAGCCACCUUAACGGCUAAUAUCAACAUAUACUAUAUCAGUAUAACAAUAUAAAGACAAUAACAAUAUAGAAGCUGUCUAUCACAUAUCACAUAUCUCACAUUUGUUCUGUGCUGUUACCACUUUCCAGUAAAGGCAUAUUUUACCCAGAUAUGGAAAUUCUGUUAUCAUGUAUUCGCUUAUGUUGUUCCAAACCCGUAUGAUUUUCCUUCCUCUGUGAAAAAGGAAUAACAUCUCCUUUUGUGUUUCAACAGACGAAAGAAAGUAAUACGGGUUUGGAUCGACAUGCGGGUGAUUAAAUGAUGACAGAAUUUUCAUUUUUGGGUAAACAAUAGACCUUUAAAUUCUAUUGGGUCUGUGCAGCAUACUAAUAAGCGCACUAAAAACUGUACUUUAUAUAAACUGUAUUUUCAUGUAAGAAAAGAAUGACUUGUGUCUGUACCACUUAUCUAUGUAAAACAGUGCUUUUCUCAAACCUGCUCACUGGAGUCCACUUAACAUACUAGUUUACUGUACAUGUCAAACUGUGUCUAACAUAUGAAGACUCACUUGAAAGUGUUGGUAGAUCAGUUGUAUUUAAUACUUUUAGAUUUCAGGCCACACUUUGGCUGUAUGACAUCGGGUGUUUUCACUGGAGGUUUAUUUGUUGAAACACAAUGAGUGACCCAGUAGUGAUUUGAAUGUCAGAUGCCAAUGGAAUUAAAUGUCAUCUGUCAAAACUA